AUGUCUGCCAUUCCUACUACGACCCUUACUCGCGUCGGAGCGAAUUCGUACUACAUUCCAUCACGCUUGACGUCAAUACCUCCGGAUUCCCGCGAGUGUAUCUUUGGCAGCGCGCCUGAUCUUAACGACGGACUUGUUCCAAUCACAUUAUUUGUUCUUAAGAACGCGAUGGACGCUUCGCCUCGCAAUCUGCGUUCGACCGUUAAGUCGUGGCUCAAAACAGACGAUGUGUUCAACAAGCAUUUCCUACAGCACGUCUACUUCCUGUGUCUCGCAAACACCAAAUACGACCUGGACAGUUUGGCCAUCAGCAUACCAGAGGAGUGGCAAAAUCGAAGCGUUCACACCGUGGUGGUAAGCUCUGAUGUGCACCUAGUCAGCUUCCGCAGUGGACCAUACUUUGCUUCCAACGUUGGCAUUCGGCAGGCAUGGCGCCUGUUCGACGACACGCACGAAGCUUUUCAGGUUCCGGUAGUGCCUGAUGGACAUAGAGAAAAUACAAUAGCCAUCAAAGACAACAUCGAUCUGAAGGGGGUGCGAACAAGCGCUGGCAGCCGGGCCUACCAGACCUUGUAUCCCGAGAAAAAAUGCAACGCCACGUGCGUUGAAAAGCUCUUGGAGGCAGGGGCAGCGAUAGUGGGCAAGACAAAGACAGUCCAAUUCGCUUCUGGAGAGAAUGCGCGGGAUUGGAUUGACUACUCUGCACCGUUCAACCCUAGGGGCGAUGGGUAUCAAGAACCUAGUGGCAGUAGUACUGGAAGCGCCACAGUUGUGUCAGCAGAACUCGACACUGUCGGCUUCUUCACACGCAGCAUCCAGAUGGCUACCACAAUAUCUCAAACAUUAUGUGCUCGCCAGGUUACCAAGAAACCCCGCGCGGCCGCAAUUGAGCUACUGUACCCCACCGAUAUCUUUUCUGGAUGCCACAACAAGUAUCUAUCCCAUACAGGGCGUUUCAUACGUCAUUUGGAAGACUUCCUGCAGGUCAAGCGAAAGAAGCUCGAUGUGGAUGGCAUAUUCAGGCGGCAAAGCAUGGCUGGUGGGACUUCACUGAAGAAUUAUCUAGAUACCCAGACUGUUGCCCAUAUCCAGCUGUAUGACUGCUACCAGAAUUGCCAAACCUUUGUGCGAGACUACGAGAAGGAGUUUCGCAAGAAGGCAUUUGUUGAUCCUUAUAUCGAGUACAAAUGGUGUGUCAUUAUGUUGGAGAUGAGGUAA